UCAGCCAAGCUAUCUGAAACCCAGAAAUAGGCUUAAGCCGCUUAACUAGUUGACUGCCAAUUGGUAAUUGGUUUUGGGCUUUUAGAAUUUCCAUUUCUCUGUUCGUAGAAUCGAUGAUUUCCUGUCGAGAAGAAUCUGUUUGAACCCUAGAAGUUUGAUUUCAUUUUUUACUUCUCGUCUUUUGAUCGAAAUUUGUGUACUCUUGGAAUUGUUAUGCAACCAUGGAGUCUGUAGAUCAAAUUAGAUCCGAAGAGAUGAGGAACUGGCUUGAUUUGCCUCAGGAUGUUAUGCUUCUGAUAUUUAUGAAGUUGGGUCCCGUUGAAGUCCUCGUCAGAGCUCAAAGCGUGUGUUCUUCGUGGAGAAAGCUCUCCAAAGAGCCUCAACUCUGGCGAUUAAUAGAUUUUAGAGAUCAUUGGGAUUUAGCGCCAUAUGAAGUUGAUUUUGAGGAAGUGGUGAGGCAUGCCGUGGACAGGAGUUGUGGGCAGUUGAUUGAGUUCUCUAUCGAACAUGUUUGCACUGAUGAGUUUUUGAAGUAUAUCACUGAUAGGUAAAGCUCUUGUAACCCUCUCUUA